GUCAGCCUAUGUGCCGUGCGAGGCACAAGGUUUGGAUGCUGUCCAAUUGGCAUUGGAGCAAAUCGACAUAAUCAGGCGCCUCACCGACAUGUAUCAUCAGGACACGAUAUUGGUGCAGUCAUCGAAAGACAUACAAAUGGCCCAAAGGCAAGGACUAAUUUCAUCUCUGAUUGGCAUAGAGGGUGGUCAUGCCAUAGGCUCUUCUUUGGGUGUAUUGAGAUCGUUUUAUUCGUUGGGUGCUCGCUAUCUAAGCUUGACGCAUAAAUGCGAUGUCUCCUGGGCCGGGUCAAGUUCGACGGCCAUUGAUGCAGGACUAUCGCAAUUUGGCAAAGCCAUAAUACGCGAAAUGAAUCGCCUGGGUAUGAUGAUUGAUUUGUCAUACAGUUCGGAUACCACAGCACGUGAUGUCUUAUCGGCCACCCGGGCUCCAGUCAUUUUCUCACAUUCGGGGGCCCGACAAUUGUGCAACUCCACACGAAAUGUUCCCGACGAUAUCCUACGCUUGGUGGCUGAAAAUGGAGGCUUAAUAAUGGUCAGCUUCGAUUCAGAGGAUGUGUCCUGUGGCCGUCAAUCACGACUGAAGGAUGUGGUGGAUCAUAUCAAGUAUAUAAGGGCCAUAGCGGGCAUACAACAUAUUGGCCUGGGAGCUGGCUACGAUGGCAUUGAAUUGCCCCCCAUUGGCCUCGAGGAUGUAUCAAAAUAUCCAGAUUUGUUGGCAGCCCUGCUGGAGGACAGCAACUGGAGUGAAGAGGAUGUGGCCAUGUUGGCUGGCAAGAAUUUCUUGCGCAUCAUGGAGACAGUAGAGAAUGUAAGGGACUAUUGGAAGAGGGCUGCCAUUCAACCCAUCGAACAGACUGAGGCGCAGCCCAAAAGUCACUGCGCCUAUAUGGCUUCGUGACCCCAGGCUCGGGCCAUUGUGCGAAAGACACGUCAUGUGGCCGAUUUUUGGCAUUAUGAAAUGGAUAAACACAAUGAAACUACUAAUGAAACUGAUGCUAAGCAGGAUGUAAGUGGAGGAUCAAUGCCUCCAGCACUAAAAGCAUUGCCUCUUAUGGCAGCCGCAACGGCCCAAGGCAGCGAGGAAACGAAUAAUCAAACAAUGAAAUCAACUAUGGCUAGAAGUGAAGUUAGUCAACAGUUAGAAAUAAUGAAAUUUAAUUUCUAAGAUAAAAAUUACAGAGCGAUAAGAACGAACUUUGCAUUGGCUGGACCACUUGGAAUUUUGCAGCCACCCAGCAAAAAUGUGGAAAAAAAUUAAGCAAAUCAAAACAUAUUUCGAUGUUGAUAAGAGACAACCCUAUAGUUGACAUUUUACAAGGUAAUGCAAUUUGUAUUGGCCCCUGAAAAGCAAAAAAAAAAAAUUAUUUAUA